GUCAAUCGAUCAAAAAUAACGAAGUGUGGUUAUUUCGUGUUUUUUGCCAAGCUACAUAAAUUUAAAUUCUUUUGUAAUUAUCUUUAUUUAAAUUAAUUACGAUGUCGGAAUCUGAAGUUACUGAAGAAGUCACCGAAGCUCCAAAACAUGAAAACACCCCCAGAAAACGUAUUCGUCAUCGCAAGAAGCAGUUGUACGACAACAUUCUCAAACAAAUGGAAUUCUAUUUUAGCGAUGCGAAUCUAAUUAAAGAUAGGUAUCUAAGCGAUUUAGUGAAAAAUGAUCCUUUCGUUCCCCUUGAAACUUUCCUCAAAUUUAACAAGAUACGUUCUAUGUCGACGGAUAUCACCGAUAUUGUUAAAGCUAUGAAGAAUUCUACUUUUCUUGAGAUGUCAGAAGAUAAGCAAAAGGUUAAGAGAAAGACACCAAUAUUGCCAUAUGAUGCUGACAUUAGAACUGUCUAUGUUGAGUCAAUUCCAGGGACUGCAAGUCUAGACUGGCUAGAGAAAGUUUUCUCUGACUUUGGCCGUGUAGCAUACAUUUCCUUGCCUAAAUUUAAAAAUACACAAAGAAUAAAGGGAUAUGCUUUCAUAGAAUUUGAUAAACCUGAAGAUGCUCAGAAAUGUAUCAACACAUUCACCCAAAUGGGGUGCAGACUGCCGACCUGUAUGCCCCCUGAAGACUUGUCUUCCAUUAAGAUGUUCUCUGUAGAGCAGUCAUUGGAUGCCGAGGGUAGUAAGAAAGAAAAAGAGGAAUCUGAACCACCUAAAAAAAGGAAGAAGAAAGACAAAAAGGCUCAAAAAAAUUUAGAACUUAAAUUAAGUACUAAUGAAUCUGAUACUGAGAAAAAAGUUGAGACUCCUAGUGAGGAAAAUAAAAGUGUAGUAUCCACUCCAACUGAAGAAAAAAAAGAAACAGAUAUAGAAUCUAAAGAUGAAAUGACUAGCCAAGAUGAAAGUAAAGGAGAUCCAGAAGCUCGUAAAAGGAAGAAACUUAGGAAACGUUCCGGCAGGGAGAGAAGUAGAAACAAAGAGUUUUUGAAUAAAGAUGAGGCUCCUCGGGGAGCACUCUGGGGUCUGCAAGUCCUUCCCAAAUCAGAAUGGAAGGCUCUGAGGAACAAAUACCUUAAUUUGCAGAGAAAAUAUAUGAAGGAAAUCAAGACUACCUUGCAAAAUAAGCGUUAUCCUUAUUUGAGUAUACCGCCUCCUGCAACAGCUACAGUUGAAGGUGAACCCGCUGCUACCACUACUGAAGUUGAAACCACGAAAACUGUUAAGCCCAUGGAAAGAACACCAGGUGUUUUUGUCAAAGAGGAGUUACCAGAGCCAUGUCUUGAUGUAAGACUGACAAAAAGAACUAUAAGGAGCAACAUCCACGCAUUACAUGUUGAUGUCAAGGAGGGACAAACUGAAGUUAUCAUUAGAUUUGAUACUGCUGAUGCUGCCACACAGUACUGCAGCAACUCAGUGAACCGCGCCCGCGUUCUCACGGGCGCAGACGAGACCGCACAGUGGGUGCGCGCCGAAAGCAGCCGUCAAGUGCGGCGCGCGCGCGGCCGCACCCGUCUGCUCCGACGCCACGCCGCCGCCGCGAUGGCGCCAGCGUCGCCGCAGCCGACUCACACGCACAUACGGUUUGAGGACGAGUAGACUAGUUUAAGGCGGGUUUUAGAAUCGCGCUUGCUGAUCGUCGGCG